AUGGAGAAUGAAUGUUCCGCGGAGUUGAGCAAGCCCGUCUCAGAGUUGGGGACACGAGUCAGAACUGCUGCGGAGAUGCAAACCGCCCGGUCGGCGCGUUGGGGGAUGUGGUUGGAUGGCCGAGGUACGAUCUGCCGGCACAGUUACUCGACGGACUUCAUCCGAGGCAAGACCGGUGACCCAAAAGGUGCUCGUAUCCCCAUGGAGCGAGAAGAUGCCGUGGCAAAGAGAAGCUCCCCCGGCAUGCCGAAGCCGAAAAAAUGCCCAGGACGGUCGGGGUAUUCGGAGAAGCCGACUUAUGCCAAACCCAUCGUAGCCGGUGUUUCCCCGGGGGGUUUUAGAGGCUGCGAGAUGAGGCGGACGUUGCUUGCUAGUCGAUCUCAUCCCGCCCCAAACGUGAGUGAGGCCAACUGGACAGGCCCACGUGGCACCAAAGGGAGAGACACCACAAAAGAGAUAUCAUAA